CUUCAAAUUUUCUUCUUUCUAGCUGUCUUCAUUCUCCAUAUAUUAAAAAAUAUGUCUAAGUUUUUUCUAUCCUAUAGUUAUAAGCUCAUUAUUUUCUUUAUUUUGAGUCAUUUAAUGUCCAUUUUAGGAAAAUUAAAGCCAUGGAAUCCUUCAAUUCCUUAUGAAAUUCUUUCUCUUAAUAUUUCAUCUAAACUUAGUACAAAUUCUGAUGAUAUUAUAUCAUCUUCCAAAGAUUUUGGAAAAAUUAUUCAAAAUAUUUUUCCAGCUGCUGUUCUUUAUCCUUCUAAUGUUAAUGACAUAAUUGACCUCAUUAAAUUUUCUUAUGACCUUUCUGUCCCUUUUCAUGUAGCAGCUAAAGGUCAUGGACAUUCCAUUAGAGGUCAAGCCAUGGCACAAAAUGGGGUUAUUGUGGAAAUGAAAUCUUUAAAUAAUAAUAAUAAUAAUAAUAAUAAUAAUAAUAAUAGGAAUUAUGGAAUUAGGGUUUCUUGGGAUUCGGAAUUAGGGUUUUACGCGGAUGUUGGAGGUGAACAGUUAUGGAUU